AUGGAUGAAACACUAAUCCAAACGAUCAACAAGCUCCAGGACGCUCUCGCGCCUCUUGGCUCCGGCUCGACCUCGCCGGUCGAUCUGCCGCAGAUCACCGUUGUCGGGUCCCAAUCGUCGGGAAAGAGUUCUGUGCUGGAGAACAUUGUUGGCCGCGAGUUCCUUCCUAGGGGAACGGGCAUUGUGACUAGACGGCCGCUGAUUUUGCAACUGAUCAACCGGCGCAACAGCAGCAAGAGUGCCGCAAGCGAUCUGAUCGACAUUCAGACCACAGACGCGCAGGGAAACAAGACAGAGAACAACGCUGAGGAAUGGGGAGAGUUUUUGCACCUGCCGGGCAAGAAGUUCUACAAUUUCGACGAUAUUAGGGAUGAGAUUGUGAGGGAGACGGAGGCCAAGACGGGCAAAAAUGCCGGAAUCAGCUCUGUACCCAUCAAUCUACGGAUCUACUCGCCACACGUGCUGACGCUGACCCUGGUCGACUUGCCGGGACUCACGAAAGUGCCUGUGGGCGAUCAGCCAAAAGAUAUCGAGAAACAGAUCAGAGACAUGAUUAUGAAGUUUAUAUCGAAGCCAAACGCCAUCAUCUUGGCGGUCAAUGCUGCCAACCAGGACCUGGCGAAUAGUGACGGGUUGAAGCUGGCCAGAGAGGUCGACCCCGAGGGGCUCAGAACCAUCGGUGUGCUGACGAAAGUUGACCUGAUGGACCAGGGAACCGAUGUGAUUGACAUUCUGGCCGGCCGAGUGAUCCCGCUGCGAUCCGGAUACGUUCCUGUGAUUAACAGGGGCCAGAAAGACAUUGAGAGCCGCAAGACCAUCAGAGAGGCCCUGAACGACGAGAGACGGUUCUUCGAGAACCAUCCUUCGUACAGUAGCAAGGCGCACUAUUGCGGUACCCCUUACCUGGCCAAGAAGCUGAAUGCGAUCCUGCUGAACCACAUUAGAACCACACUUCCUGAGAUCAAGGCCAGAAUCGAGACAGCGUUGAAGAAGUAUCAGCAGGAGCUUGCUGCCCUUGGUCCGGAGAUGGUCGAGUCGCCAAGCUCGAUCGUUUUGAGCGUGAUCACCGACUUCUGCAACGACUACACGGGAAUCCUGGAUGGACAGACCAAGGACAUCUCGUCCAACGAGCUGAGCGGAGGAGCCAGAAUCAGCUUCGUAUUCCACGAGAUCUUCAAGAACGGAGUGUACGCUCUUGACCCAUUUGACCAGAUCAAGGACGCAGACAUUAGAACCAUCAUGUACAACUCGUCAGGUUCUGCUCCGUCGCUGUUUGUGGGCACACAGGCUUUUGAGGUGCUUGUGAAACAGCAGAUCCACAGAUUCCAGGACCCUUCGCUCAGAUGCAUCACGCUUGUGUUUGACGAGCUGGUGCGUAUUUUGUCGCAGAUUCUUGCGCAACCAGAGUACGCAAGAUAUCCCGGCUUGAAAGAACAGAUCUCCCAGAUUUUCAUCCAGUAUCUACGGGAGUCUGUGCUGCCGACAAACACGUUUGUCGAGGAUAUCAUUAAGGCUGAACAGACCUACAUUAAUACAGCACACCCUGACCUACUCAAGGGGUCUCAGGCGCUUGCCAUGGUCCAAGAGAAAUUGCAUCCUACGCCUGUCCAGGUCGAUCCAAAGACAGGAAAGCCGCUACCUGCUCCAGCACACUCGGCGUCGUCCAUCAACGACGAGGAGAACAAGUCCUCAUCGUUCUUUGGUGGCUUCUUCUCGUCCAAGAAUAAAAAACGGCUGGCCGCCAUGGAGGCUCCUCCAAGCGUGCUGAAGGCAACGGGCCAGAUGACUGAUAGAGAGACCCAGGAGACAGAGGUGAUAAAGUUGCUUAUACAUUCGUACUUCAACAUUGUCAAGCGGACGGUGGCCGACAUUGUCCCAAAGGCCGUGAUGCUCAAGCUGAUUCAGCAGUCCAAGAACGACAUCCAGAAGGUGCUUUUGGAGAAACUGUACGGCAACAAGGACCUGGACUCGCUUGUGAAGGAGAACGAGAUCACUGUUGCGAGAAGAAAGGAGUGCAAGAAGAUGGUGGAGGUGCUCAAACACGCUUCAGAGAUCGUUUCCACUGUCUAG